AUGGCUGAGAAUAAAACUAAUGGGGACAGAAGAAGUGAGGAUGAAGGAAGAGGAAGAGGCGGACUAACUCAAUCUUCCUCAAACCCGAUUUGUGGACAAUCCCCAGGGACCAAGAGGCAUCUUCCUCGAGGGAUUGUGAUCCAGCUCACCGGGACAGAGGGAGAAUGGGACAGUCUGGACGACAGUGAGCUCAUCUUCUCCCUCGACCACGAAGACGACUACCCCUCCAUAUCUCUAUCCAAAGUAAGGCAGCUUUCUGUCGAGGAUGACAGAAAGUUGCAUUCCCAAGCUUUCCACGUUCCACUUUCCCCCUCUUCUCCUGGCUCUCUGGGAAACCUCUCCACCACCGGUUCCGGCUUCCUUUCCCCGACCGUUUCCUCUCCCAGCCAUAGACCCCUCUUAAAGUCUCUCUCGACGGAGCUGGAUAUCAAAGAAGGUGCCACUCUCAGACCUAAACCCUUUCUCAGCCUCGUGAAGUCGAUAUCCACCGAGAUCUCCCGCUCAGAGCCGGUGGUGUCGCAGUCAAAAUCAGACUCCCGCUUGAACCUCCAUCUGUGGAAGCAGCUCACCCAAAAACCAAAAACCCGAAGCAAUGGCGACUCUCGCACCGCGCCGCCGUCUCCAUGCGCCCACUCCCCAAGUGGAGAGGGGCGAGGGGGUUUCUUCAAAAUGGAGUUAGAGGACACCAAGAGGAAACUCUCGGAGGCCGUGCACGAGCCUCUGAGCAGCAUGUUCAGUAAGAUCAUGAGAGAAGAUAGCACAAGUAGUCCCAAACACCAGACUAAAAGCCAGGGGGCUCAGCAGGUCAGCUCCAGAAGUUUAGGGCGUGAAGGUAGCACUGACACAAAUCUCUCCGAAUCUCCUGUGAGGAACACUAAGAGAACAGAUGCUGACGUAUUGCCGGUGUUUGACUGGCCUUCUGUUAAAUCUCCUGGGAGAAUCCACCAUAUUUCCUGCCCUUUGCAUCACAACAGACAACAUCAAAGGGAUGAGGAACUGGAAAUAUGUACAGAUGGAGACGUGAUGCAAGUGUUAGCCGUGGAGUCUCAUAGGCAGGCGAGGAGAUCACCUACCGAUGAACCACCCAUGGUUAGGACUUCUUCUCUUUCUCAGCCCCAUCCUCUUCCACGCAUGACUUUGUUCGGCGUUGCAUUGCUCUCCUAUGGAUACUUCAUCCUGCCUCUCAGUCCGUACGUCUCUGGCCUGGCUCUGGGAUUAGCUUUGGGCUUCUUGCUGGGACUGUUGCUCAUUAGGAUGGGUUCGCCCAGGUCACGCUGCUCGGAUCCUUCGUACAGACCAACACAGACUCUGCUGGGAGAGGAGAUCCUGACAGGUGGCAACGUCAGCUCUGAACCUGACACCCUGAAGGGCUGGAUGAACGAAAUACCCGAUUACGACGCAGAAACCUUCCAUCCAGCUCUGACUCAUUCUGUGUUUUCCUCCCUGGAGGGCUCCUCUCUCCGUCUGGACUCUCCGCGAAACAACAUCAGCCGCAGGGCCGCGUACGAUGAGAGGGUCCAGGAGGCCGCCUUCGUCAAGUCACGCUCCUUCCAGCUCGCAAAAAGCAAAGUAUUCCUGCUGCCAUCUGUUCUGGCUCGGAAGAGGAUGUGGAACCCAAAGUAUCCCAUCUGCAUCCAACUGGCCGCCGGAGCGAACUCCCAGGAGGACGAGGGAGGAAAGUGGGAGGAGAGUCGGGAAGAGGGACCAGAACCUGGAAGUCCUCCACAAAGAUCCAUUCCCAGGACCCUUUACCUCUUCGGACGUACAGGAAGAGAGAAAGAAGAGUGGUUUCGUCACUUCCUGCUAGCGUCCACGGAUCCAGAGAGGGAAAAGGAGAGAGAGCCCGGCAGAUGUGAGUCCAGAUCGGGUGACCCAGUGUUGGCACACAGUGUUUCUGCCCAAGGUAACGUCCCGAGCAGCAGAGGCCCGAGCAGAAUAGGCAGCAGUGAUGAAGACGCCACCUUCAUCCCUCCAGCACCCAGCCUCCCUGGCAGUCAGACCUCCAGCAGCACCAGGGGCCUUUCCCUGCUCGACUACCAGGGAUACAUGUCCCGUCUCCUGGCCACGGAGGAGCUCACCCCCCUCUCCAGUCCUGGAGCCAGCAGCAGUGCAGAACCGAGCCCCACCACCAUCAAAGGGAAUUGUACCUGUGAUUUAGCAGAGCAUCCUGGGACGAGCCAGACUGCGUGGGCCAACGCUCUAAUUGGUCGAAUCUUCUGGGACUUCCUGCGAGAGAAGCACUGGGCCGACGUGGUUUCCUGCAAGAUCCAGAAGAAGCUGAGCAAAAUCAGACUGCCUUACUUUAUGAAUGAGUUGACUCUGACUGAGCUGGAUAUGGGCAGCUCUAUGCCGCAAAUCACCGCUACCUCCAGACCAGAAGUCAACCACAGAGGUCUGUGGGUGGAACUGCAGCUGGUUUACACUGGCGCCCUGCAGAUGACCCUGCAGACCAAGUUCAACCUGUCCAAGCUGGGGAAAGAGGGCGGUCAUGAUGCAGACUGUACGACAGAAACUCGUAGCCCAUGCUGCAGGCCAAUCUUCAGCGUGUUGGCGGACAGCGAUGAGGAGUCCUCCAGCGCUGGGUCCUCUGAUGAGGAAGAGCUGCUCCUAUCAGAGCCUCAGGGCCCAGUGGGAGACAAGGGAUCCACACCAGCUACUGAUGGGACAGGGGGCGGAAAGACUGGGAGGAAGAUUUUGAGAUUUGUGGACAAAAUCGCUAAAUCCAAGUAUUUCCAGAAGGCGACGGAGAACGAGUUCAUAAAGAAGAAGUUUGAGGAGAUGUCCAACACGCCUCUGCUGCUCACUGUGGAGGUUCAGGAGCUGUCGGGCACUCUGGUCGUCAACAUCCCACCGCCCCCUACAGACAGGAUAUGGUACAGCUUCUGCGUUCCCCCCAAACUGGACCUGCGCGUCCGUCCCAAACUCGGGGAGAGGGAGGUGACUUUCUGUCAUGUGACCGAGUGGAUUGAAAAGAAACUGCAGGAUGAGUUCCAGAAAGUGUUUGUGAUGCCAAAUAUGGACGACAUAUACAUACCCCUGAUGCAUUCUGGGACGGUCAGCCCUCGAGCCUCUCAGUCCCAGCGCUCCCACUGCUCCUCCACAGAGUCCAUCGAGAGGAUCCCCCCCGAGAUCUCAGAGUCUGACUAGUGCCUCGUGUUGAUGAUCACAUAUAAGGAGCAUUGUGGGUAAUAUUCAGAGUUUAAAGAUUAAAACCUGCUGUUGGUAAAAAAUAUGGUCACAUUUGCUGAGA